UCAAAUUACAAUGCAAUAUUGAAUCAUUUAUGGUAGAUUUCAAUAUAAUUUAUCUUUCAAAUGACAUCUUUGAUCUUCCUCCAACGCCCCGCUGGUCAUCUGUCAUGUAAUGAAGAAGAAAUGAGGUUAACGGUGUAUUGUGUAUAUCUUUUUGAUUAAUAAAUAGUAUUCAAAAUCUACUUUGUGGCUUGUGAAGACAGCCGCUCUAUUGAGCCCACUGAAUAAUAUCUCUAGAAUACCCAAGACGAAAAAAUGGACAUCAGCUCAUUUUCCAGCGAUAGUUUCGACAUUAAGCAAUGGGUGAACAACACGUUAAAAUCGGGAGAAAACCAGGAUAAGAAAGACUUUCAGAGUAAUUACACUAUGAGCCUUGUGAUGAAGCUGCAGCUAUACGUUCAGCAAGUCAACAAUUCCCUAGAAAACAGUAGUCAGCAAGUUUUAGCCUCUUUACCGAAAAUAAUGCACGAUGCUAAAAUAUUGCAACAAGAAGCCUUGGUAUUGAAGGAAAAGAUGGGACAGGUCAAAGAGGAAAUUGUGCAAAUUGAACAAGACACUCGAAAGAGUAUUAAUACUAUCGAAAAGUUGGAUGAAAUGAAGAAUCAGCUUACAAUUGCCAAACAGGGUUUACAUGAAAGUGACAAUUGGACUGUAUUGGUGAACGAUCUAGAAGAAAUAUUUGACUCGAAAAAUAUAGAAGCGAUAUCAAGCAAAAUAUUAGGAAUGCAAAGUUCGUUGAAGUUGCUUGUAAAUGUAGCUGAUUUCGAAGACAGAAAACUACAACUGGAAGGUUUAAAAAAUCGGUUAGAGGCCAUUGCUAGUCCAGUGAUUGUUCAGGCUUUUACCACCUCCGAUGCAGAAGCCUCAGUUAAGUUUGUUCACAUCUUUUCAUCUAUUGGGCGAAUCACCCAGCUGGUAAAGUACUAUCACAAUUGCCAGAAAGAUGCGCUAGUAAAAAAGUGGCGCACUCAACUCGAACUAGAACAAGAUGAAUCAGUAGUUCAAUGGAUUCACAACUAUCAUGGGAUAUUAUUGUCCAAUUGGCACACACAAUGCAAAUGGUUUAACCAGGUGUUUAUUGGCGAGUCUGCUGUUGACUCACUGAUUAAUAUUUACGUAGACGUGCUGAAUUCUUUGGAUCCAUCCUUUAAUCAGUGCAUUGAUGCGGCACUCAAACAGGUGCAGGAUAAAUUAACAUUCCUGCAUGAUGUUAAGCAAGUUUCAAAACAAUUUGCCGAGAACUUGUGGAAUGUUAUUGAGCAAAGCUCUUCAGGAAAAACUGAUGCAUCAAAAGUGGAAGCCCUCACAAAAACGAUUUACCGUCACCUAAUGGUUUACGUUUGUAAAUAUGCAGCCUAUGAACAGGCCAGUUUGGUGAAACAUUUAAACACUCUACAUUGCAUGAAAGAUGAGCUGCCAGACACAAUACAAGCCUUAGGGUUGAGUGCAAAUCAAGUAAUGGAUCACGCUUUAGAAGCACGAAAAAGAUGUCAACAGUUUACAGAAAACUGUGGGUUUUGUGGCUUGUUGAUUGCCCUGCGGGCAUACUUUUCAACUUAUGCAGGAUAUUUCAGAGUUGCUUUAAGGCAAAUUGAUCGAUCAAAGAGACUGAAGGAAAACUGGAACACUUUCCAACUAAGCUUUUCACUGUUGCAACACUCUGGGGAUGUGUUGCUGAAAGUGCAGCAUUUGGAAAAGGAACUAACUAUGAGCAUUCUAGAGCUCAACAAGCCCAAUACCUCGAUAAAGUUUAAACAUUUUUUACUGGAUGCAGAGAACUUAAAAGAGUACGAGUCUUUGAUAAAGUGUGUUACUGAAGGCACACAGUUAUCACUUUUGGAUUAUGUGACCAAAGAGUUCAAUAAACUGUGCACUGAUGUGCAUCACACUACGUACCAAGUUGUUUUUGGGCCAGUGUCUGCUCACUUGGAAAUCGUUUCGGCGUCAGAAACAUGGGCACAGUUUGAUGGGUCUAGUUUACAUAACUCUGAUUUGCCAGAUUAUAGUUUUUCACCCCAAGAGUACAUCACACAGAUUGGUCAGUACUUGCUGGAGCUUCCCCAGCAUUUAGAGCCAUUUUUGUUUAAAGAAAACCCGGCAUUGACGUGCGCUUUAAAAGCUAUUGAUCAAGAAUACGCUGAUGCCCCGGACAGAGAAGGAGCUUUAGCCCAAAUUUUUCUGCAAAAGGUUGCAAGAGGAAUAUGCAAUAGUUUUGCUGAAAAAGUCUUGUCAAUAUCGACACUUAGCCAGCCAGCUAGUCGGCAAUUGUCUCACGAUAUAAAUUAUCUUAACAACGUAUUACAAGACCUGGGAAUUACCAUGUCAGAAAAUCUACAACAGCUCUUAGCUUUAUUGAAAAUUCCACCAGAUCAGUAUCAAGUGCAAAGUAUUGGAUAUUCAGCCAAGUACGUGGCAGGGAUCAGGCAAAUAAGGCACUUGAUGUCGAACUAGUGUGUGCAAAAAUAGGAUUAAAAUUGUACAUAAGAAAUUACAUCUAAUUGUUGGAACUGAAUGAAGUAGUCUGAUAUUGGAAUUUA